AUGGACCUUCUUCGAUUUGGGGAAAAGGGUCUCUUUUCACCUCAGAGAAGAAGGAAAUGGCUGAUUUUGAUGGCGAUUUCCGGCGUCUCCGGUUACGGAGCUUACAAAAUUUACCAUUUGCCAUCUGUCGCGAGGAAAAGGAAACGUCUUCUGAAGAUCUUCGGAGCCGUUCUCUCUGUCGCCGAAUUGAUCUCCGACUCCGCCGAGACCCUAAGCAUCGUGUCGCGAGACCUGAACGGAUUCCUCAAUUCCGACUCCGACGAAAUCCCCAACAGCCUGAAACAGAUCGCCAAGAUCGCCACGUCGCACGAAUUCACCGAUUCGCUCUCUAGGGUUUCUCAGGCUGUCACGAUCGGAGUCUUUCGCGGUUACAACAACGUCGGAGAUUCAGGAAUCGGAUCGGAGCAGCCAAGUGCUGUUGAUAAAGUGAUUGAUAAGGUUUUCUCAAAGUCUGGAUCUGGAUUCGUUUCAGCUAUUGUUGGUAGCUUCGCUAAGAAUCUCGUUCUUGGAUUCUACUCGAACGAGCUCGAGAAUGGUGUGAAAUGUGAUUCCGAUUCUUCUUCAGAGACACCUCAGUGGGUGACUCUGCUCUGUGAUGAGAAAUGUAGAGAGCUUUUAGCUGAUUGCAUUGAGAGAUUCACAAACACAGCAGUCGCUGUGUAUCUGGACAAGACGAUGGAGAUCAACACUUACGAUCAAAUCUUCGAAGGCUUGACGAAUCCGAAACAUCAGGAUAGCGUCAAGGACGUUCUUGUUUCAGUGUGUAACGGUGCUCUCGAGACUCUCGUUAGAACGUCUCACCAAGUCUUCACUGCAUCAUCAUCUCCUUCAAGGUCUGAUAAUGUGACUGAAGAGGUCGAAGAAGAAGAAGACGAUGUCAAGAGUAGCGGUUGGGUGGAGGCUAUCUCAACCACAUUGGCGGUUCCAAGCAACCGGAAGUUUAUGUUCGAUGUCACAGGAAGAGUGACGUUAGAGACGGCGAGAUCAAUCGUUGGUUUUAUAAUGUUGAAGACGUAUCAAGGGAUUAGAAAAAGCUUCGACGUUGUUCAUGAGGAGGUUACAGACAGAGGACGACAAGUGGUUGGUUACGUUGGAGCCAAGUCUUCUGUUAUAAUCACUGUGUGGCUCGCCUUGUACUUGCAUGUUAUAAGCGGCUGUGUUCGGAGCUCUCCGAUAGGCGUAAGCCAGCAUUUUUAG